AUGAAGAACGCAUAUCACGCGGCGGAAAAAGUGAUCUGGGGCGAGGAGCGGCCACCAGCAUCGAAGGAAGAGCCCAUCGCAGGUGUAAAAGGCGAGGGCACACCAUCGGACCCAUACGAUGCCGGCAAUGUCUCUGGCGAGGAACCCAUUUCCGGUGUAAAAGGAGAAGGAACACCUUCAGAUCCGUAUGAUGCGGGCAAUGUGUCGUCAUCCGGCCCGGUUGAUUCCUCAAACACGCAAACCUCUGGUUUCACAGAAGGUCACUCCGCGAAAGUAGCCAAUCCGCACACGAGUCCACACACCGGCAUUGCUGGAUGUAGCAUUGUCCCCGUGGGAGCAACUCUCCCUGGCGCAGGAACCUCAAGCCUUAGCGGUGCCUCAAAAAUGCCUAACGACCCUAUGCAGUCAACUGCUCCGACCACGGGUGGCAGUAUCCAGCCAGUGGGCCCAAUGGAACCAGGGCGAGAUGUGUCUGGAUCCAGCGGUUUAGAACAGUUCAAAACCGCACCAUCUGAUUCCCCCAGCACCGGUCUCAAGGAGCCCACAGGGACAGCACCACAAAAGCUUUCUUCAAAUGAACCAUUCGCCUCCUUUCCUAACAGGCACGAAGACUUUAAGCCCCAGCACCGGGCCACGGGACCCGAACUCACUGAGGUAUAUCACAACCAAGGCGGGAGUGGAAAUCAGUUUGACAGGCGCGAAAUGCAAGAGGACCCUGGUAUGAAAGACCGAAGCAACACUAAACCCACUUUAGAGUCAGAAAAUUAUCACCCUGCGGAGACCGAGGCAGGGCUGUCGACCAACGCCGGAGCGGCCGACACAAGCCACGAACAAACGAGUACAAAGACACCAAAGGGGGGAGAAACAGCACAGCAACCGGGCGAAGAAACAGUGGUUCGGAGCACCGGGUUCGCAGCAGAGGGUGGUAACUUUGACGCCAAAGAGCCUGGGGCUGGCAGAGAAGCUGACCGUCUCCUGGACGAACAACAGAGACGAGACCCCAACUCGGAGCCUGUCAAGCGUCACAGUGUGGAUAGGCAGAAACCUGAGGACCACCACGGUGGGCUUUGGACAGGUACUCACAAAGCCGGGAUCACUUUUACCAAGGCAAAGGAGAAGUUGCACAUUAAAAAGCCCCGCGACAGUUAG